GUGCAGAAAAGGCCUGCCAGCAUUGCUUCCUCUUUUGCUUUCCUAACAACGUCAGUAUAAAUAGGAAGCACACAGAACUCACUGCUGUCUGGAGACUCCAGCAAAAGGCGAUCUGUCAUCCACAAAGAGAUGCAGACAGCGAGGUACAGGGAGCAUCGGUGAUUUCGCUCAGGCUGCCAGCGAGGCCGGGUUGGAGCUCAGGGUGGCUGAGCCCAGAUCAUGCUUACCCUAGCCAAGUAUGCAUCCUGAGCCCUGGAGGAGUCAGAGUCCUGGAGGGAAGGACCACAAGAGCCAGUGACAUGGGUUUGGCCUGACCUCCAGUCAGAGAGGAACACAAGCUUCCCGGACAGUGAGGACCUCUAGCCCUGUGCACACCCUGGGCCCACAAGUGCCAGCCACCUGCUCACCCACAGCUGGCCAGAGAGAUGCUGCUGAUGCGGGGGCUGCUCCCCAUCAUCCUGCUGGCCCUGUAUGGGGGACCCAGCAUGGUGGGGGCACAAGAGGCCGUCCCCCUGCAGAGCCUGCGCUGCUAUAACGACUACACCAGCCGCAUCAAGUGCAGGUGGAUGGACACCGAGGCUGCCCAGCGGUACAUCAAUGUGACCCUCUAUCGCCGACUGGAUGAUGACCCUCCAGAGCCAGUGCCCUGUGAUCUCAGUGACGACAUGCCCUGGUCAGACUGCCCUUCUCCACCCUGUGUGUCCAGAAGAUGUGUCAUCUCUCACAGUUUCUUCGUCAUUGGUGACAAUGACUACUUCUCCUUCCAACCAGACAGGCCUCUGGGUGCCCAGCUCACUGUUACGCUGGCCCAGCACGUCCAGCCCCCUGAGCCCGAGGACUUGGAGGUCAGCCAUGCUGGGGAUGGCUUCCUGCUGACCUGGAGGGCGCACCUUGGAGGCCUCCAGAGCCGCUGGCUGUCUGAGAGGCACCUGGAGUCUGAGCUGGUCUACCGGCGGCUUCAGGACUCCUGGGAGGAAGCCUCCACCCUCUACUCCAGCUCCUCCCAGGCCGUUCUGGGGCCAGAGCACCUUGUGCCCAGUAGCACCUACGUGGCCCGUGUGAGGACCCGGCUGGCCCCUGGUGCAGGGCACUCAGGGAAGCCCAGCAAGUGGAGCCCAGAGGUCCGCUGGGACUCCCAGCCAGGGGACGAGGCCCAGCCCCAGAACCUCCAGUGCUUCUUCAACGGGGCUGACGUGCUCAGCUGCUUCUGGGAUGUGAGGUCCGUGGUGGCCAGCUCGGUCCCCUUCACCCUCUUCUACAAGCCCAGCCGCGACACGGAGGAGAAGGAAUGCUCUCCAGUGCUGAAAGAGAAGCUCAGCAGCCCCUACACCCGGCACCGGUGCCAGAUUCCUGUGCUGGACUCCGAGACCCAUGACCAGUACACAGUCUCUGUGAAGCCAAAGAAGGAGGAGAAAUUGAUAAAGAGCUCAGAGCACAUCCAGAUGGACCGCCCAACACUCAACGUGACCAAGGAUGGGGACAGCUACAUGCUGCGCUGGGAAACACAGAAGCAAUACUACGGUCACAUAAGACACAGCUUUGAGGUCCAGUAUAGGAAGGACACUGACUCCUGGGAGGAGAGCAAGACACAGACCCUGGAGAACACCUACAACAUGCCUCUGCUACCUCUAGAGCCCUCCACCAGGUACUGGGCCAGGGUGAGGGUCAAGCCCUCCCUCAGCAGCUACAACGGGAUCUGGAGCGAGUGGAGUGAGGAGCUUUCCUGGGACACGGAGUGGGUGCUGCCCAUGUGGGUCCUGGUGCUCAUCCUGAUCCUGGUCACCCUCGCCUUGCUCCCCGCCCUCCGCUUCUGUGGCGUCUAUGCAUACAGGCUGAACCAGAAGUGGAAGGAAAAAAUCCCUAACCCCAGCAAGAGCUACCUAUUCCAGAAUGGAGGUGCAGGACUCCGGGUCCCGGACAGCACGUCGGUCUUCACCAGCAGAAGUCUCUUACACAAGUGGCCGUGCGACAGCCUCAUCCCAGAGCUGGAGGGGGUGUUCCCUGCACACUGCGGGGACAGUGAGCUGUCACCGCUCACCACAGAGAACCCCAAAGACACCUGUGACUCACCCUCUGGGCCUAACAUGACUCCAGCCACCUUGGAGCCCAUGGAGCAGCCCCCCAGCCCCCCACCUGGUGUGUUCCUCCCCUCAAAGAGGCCUGAAAGCCAGGCUUCCAGCUUUGACUUCAAUGGCCCUUACCUCAGGUCACCCCAUAGCCGCUCCCUGCCUGACGUCUGGGGUCAGCUGACGUCCCCUGAUGUGGGCAGGAGUGAGAAGCCACUGCCACCAGGGUCCCUGGAGUACCUGUGUCUGCCCGCUGGGGGACAGGUGCAACUGGUUCCGCUGGCCCAGGCCAUGGGGCAGAGCCGGGUCACGGAUGUGGAGGGGUUGCCCAGCCCAGGGUCUGAGGGGAGCUUCUCCCUGCAGUCAGGGAAAGGCCCUGCCCCUCCUCUACCUGGGCCCAUGGUGGGUGCAUGCGACCCAAAGGAUAGCCCACCUGCUCUGCCCACUGGUGCUGGGAGCCCCCAGGACAGUGUCGUGGCCUCUGGCUAUGUCACCACUGCAGAUUUGGUGUUCGACCCACCCCCAGAGGCCCUGUCUGGCACCCUGACACCCCCUCUGGGUCGCCCCUCUCACCAGGACCCCAGCUCCUGUCCUGGGCUGGCCAGUGGACCCCCUGGAGGCCCAUCUCCACUGCAGCCAGGGUUUGAGGACUAUGUGGGGCUCCCUCCAACCACAGGCCAGCCUCCCAAGUCCCCUCUCUGCAGCCCUGUCUCUGCUGUACCCAACAGCUCUGUCCUGAGCCCAGGGGAGCCCCAGGUACAUGAGGCCUCUGGGUCCCCCCACCCGAAGGGGCUCCUUGUCCUGCAGCAAGUGGGUGAUUACUGCUUCCUCCCCGGUGUCGGGCCUGGCCUGCUCUCGCCACAGAGCAAGCCCUCUCCCCCAGACCCCUGUCCAGAGAUGGGGGUCCUGGACCCGGUGUUCCAAGCCAAGAAGCCCCCAGGCCCAGCCAUGGCCCAGGUGCCAGCCGUUCAGCUCUUUAAAGCCAUGAAGCAGCAGGACUACCUGUUGCUGCCCCCUUGGGAGGCGGGCAGACCCAAGGAGGUGUGCUGAGACCCCCGAUCCCAUGGAGGGCACAGGGGGAGAAGGUCGGCCUGCUCUCCUGUGUGGCCUUCUCUCCCUGCCGGCCCCUCGUCCCUUCCCAGUCAUUCCGAAAAGCCAAGGAGAAGCUUCCAUGAUGAAAUAGAGGGAGACCUGGAAAAUCAAGCCCACCAUUGUACCGCUCCUCUCCCCCUUGACUUCCGUAGAUCACUUCUCUCUCUCUGUCACACACACACACGCGCGUGCACACAUAUUUUUCUUUCAAAUUAAUUUACUUUUAGAUCCUAGAUUAUUAACAAGGAGUCCCUGGGUGAAACCAACGGUUAAGCGCCCCACUACUAGCCAAAUGUUUGAUGAUUUGAACUCACUCAGGGGCAUCUCGGGAGACAGGCCUGACGAUCUGCUUCCGGAAGGUCAUGGCCUUGAAAACCCUAUGGAGCAGUUCUACUCUGCACACAUGGGGUCGCCAUGAGUUGGAAUCAACUUGACAGCAACUAACAAUAGGCACUCAAGCAGGAGACCAGGUUCUGCCUGGGUGCAUGAGGCAGGAGGUCCCGGGUGGGAGCAUGUGGUUUAGGGCUGAAGAGCAGCAUGGGGGCUGGGCACACUCAGUCAGGUUCUAGCAACCCCAGACAGGGUGGGAAAGCACCCACCUCAACUGUCACUCCCAAAAAUGGACACAACAAGGGGCAGUGGGACAAAGGGAGAACACGAGAGGCUGUGAGUUCAUAGGGAUUCCUGGUGGUUGUCACAGAGAUGACCAGGGGACCCUUUGGGGACCAGAGGCCUGCAUCACGUAGAGAGAAAUCACUAUCUGUGAGAUGAUGGCUGAAGUGGUCUCCUUCCUACUCCCAGACUGGUGGGACCUGGGGAAAUAGGAGAGGCCCAGAACCCACACUAACUCUAGACAAGCUGGGAAAUACUGUGCAACCAAGUGAAAAUGGAAAAUGACCAAAGGCCAUGUACAUUUGAGGGCUUUGAGUCCAAAUUGGCCAGCUGUCUGUCUUCCAGAGAUACUGUCCCACUUCUGCUCCUGCUCGGGGUGCCAGAGAGGUUGUGGGUCUAUGCUGGGUCGGCACUGGGGAUUGUCAUUGUUCUACAUCUUUGCCUUUCUGAUAUGCAAAAAAAAAAAAAAAAAAGAAGCAUUAAACUUGGUUUUAAUUUGCAUUCUUUGAUAAGGCUCAGGUUUGCACAUAGUUUCGUGUUUUUUGGCCAUGGGUGUUUUUUUUCCUGGGCUAAGCCUGUUAAGGCCUCUGUCCUGUUGGGUGCUUGUCUUUUUCUGAUUCCGUUUUUAAAAGUAUUUAUAUAUGACCUUUCAGGUGUGGUGCAUAUUGUUUUCCUAGUUGUGACUUGUCUUCUACUUUUGUAUGUGAGCGUUUUUGGUGCACACAAUUUUUACAUUUUUGUAAAAGUCAGCGGAUAGCUCCACUCUUGGUGUCAAACUUGCAAAGGGCUUCCCACUUCAGAACUGUAUAAAUUUACAUGGUCUCUCAUUCUUUCUGCGUCUCAAGCUUUUCAUGUACAUUAUUUAUCAUUUUGGCAUUUGUUUUGGUGAAAGAUACGAGAAGGAGAUCUGGCUUUCUGUUUUCCCCAAAUGAGUAGCCAGUUGUCCCAGCAUUAUUAGUUGAAUCAUUCAUACUUUGUCCAUGUAUUUGAAAUGCCACCUUUAUGAUAUCCUGAGUUCUUGUGUACACUUAGUUUCCAGUCUUUCUAUUUUAUUUUAUUGUUCUAUCUAUGAUGCCCCACCCUUUUGAUUACUGUCGCUUUAUAACAUGUUCUAAUAAGUGGCAGAGCAAAUGUUCCUGUUAUUUUUGUUCACAAGUCUCUGUUCAUUGUAGCAAUGUUUGUGGUAGCAGAAAACUAUAAGCAAUUUAAAUGUUCAUCAAGAGCGAAAUAAAAUUUUAGUACAUUCUCAAGUAGACUGUUCUGUUAAUAACGAAUACAGCAGACCUACAUGUAUUAGAAGAAAGCCCAAGAUGUUAAUUACCAAAGGUUUGGACGUUGUUCAGAGGGAAAAAGAAAUCAAUGCAGUGUGUAUAAUACAAAACAAAAUAAAACCCUAAACUUG